GUAUGCCUUAUCACACAUGUGUCCCUUCAUUCUAACAUACUGGGCCAGUAUAAAAGGCUGACGCGCCUGCCGAUUCAAACAUAUUGGUCUGAGCUUUGAGGGGUUGAACACUAAAUAUGCUUUUAAAAUUAUUACUUUUGGUGUGCCUGGCUGCCGCCGCCCACGCUGGGCUCGUGUCUCCUGUCUACAGUUCUCCCUAUGCCUAUGGAGGCUGGAACCCAUACAGCUCCUACCCUGCUCAACCAGCAGUGGCUUCUCAGCAUUCUAAUAUUCUGAGGUCACCGUUCAAUCUUGGCCAGGUAUCCACAUACACGAAAUCGAUUGACACUCCUUUCUCAAGUGUCCGGAAAGCUGAUGUCCGCGUGAGCAACCCCGGUGUCGCUAUUUCUCCUGCGUACUCGCACGGUUUUGCUUCACCGCUGGUUUCCCAUGUUGGCGUAGCUCCCGUCGCCAAGGUCGCUACUACGGCUGGUCUUCUAGGCGUAGCAUAUUCAGCCGCACCUACAGUCUCCCACAUGACUUACACCAACGGACUUGGCCUCGCCUACGGCUGGUAAUAACCAGUAUGAUAACGGUUGUUAGAAAGUUUAUUUUUAAAUUGUAAAUGCAUAGAUGAUUCCUCUUAAUUUGUUACCUGUUAGUUGUUAACAUAAAUUAUUUACCUUCGUGGUAGUAUUUUUAUGAAUAUAUUAUUUUCAAAAAUAA